GAGGGGGCUUCAGUAUUACAGCAGCACUGGGACCUGCUCAGCUCCUGAAUCACAUUUGAUUCAGCCGGUCAGAGGAUGGAGGCGAGGUGAAAACAGAUCUCAUUGGCUCCCGCUGCUCCAUUUAAAGGAAUCCAACUGAUUUGUCGUUUAAGAUCCUUCAGCAUCUCAUAAGAGGAACUUUAAACGUUGGCUAUUUUCUGAAAGGAACCAUAAAUCUUCGAAGAUCCGAUUGGAGCGUGGAGCAACGUCUUUGAGUCACUUUUAUAUACGUGAGAGAAUCUCUUCAGUGAUCGACGAACGAUUUCAGAGCAGCAGAAAUGCCUCACUGACACAGCCUGUUAUAAUAAAGAGGGCGAUUUUCACACGAGGGAUCUCCAUAAGAUCUUUAAAGGGGUACUUAGGGACUUUAUUCCAGAUCCAAAGGAUGGAGACAUGAAUGAUUAACACUUUUAUUGACCAGCUGAUCUCAAAUUCCUCAAGUCAUGGAACGAUGAGGAGCCUUUUUAUUAGUAGGCUACUAUUUUUUCCCACGAUAUGGAGAGUUCGCCAUGCGCUCCUUUGGGAACCACUGCUGUAGGUAACUUUUAUACUAUGGAUUCAGGCGGGCUUUCAACAAGUUUUAGGGCUCGUUUAUCUUCUGGAACGUGAUUCGAAUUCAUUCUGUGAUUUGUUUGAGGUUAUUGAGCAAAAGGCUGCAGGAUUUCUAAAGACUUUGAAGAGGUUUUUAAUCAUACAUUUAUCGCACGAUCCGGAGCAGAUCCCUUUGGCUCUUAUGGGAAUUAAACACUCCUCCCGCUGUUUGCUCCUCAGGAGAAAAAUGGCGGAUACGGAGAGCACUGAGCAACAGCCCCUGAGUGCUGCCCCAUCCCAGUCGGUCCAGCCUUCUCCUCUGCCCAAACCAGUGUCAUCGGUCCAUCAUGCCCAGCGGCCCACGCACCCAUCCCACGCGCCUCACACCCCUCACUCAGCCAGCUUACCCAACUGCCCUGGCAGAGGAAAGAUGGCCAAGUUCCUCAACCCAGAGGAGAUGACCUCCAGGGAUUACUAUUUUGACUCGUAUGCCCACUUCGGCAUUCAUGAGGAAAUGCUAAAGGAUGAAGUGAGGACGUUGACAUACAGGAACUCCAUGUACCAUAACAAGCACAUCUUCAAGGACAAGAUCGUGCUGGACGUGGGGAGUGGUACUGGCAUCCUAUCCAUGUUUGCUGCCAAGGCCGGAGCCAAGCACGUGUAUGGGAUUGAAUGCUCAAGUAUAUCAGAAUACUCUGAGAAAAUCAUCAAGGCCAAUCAUCUGGACAGUGUUAUAACCAUCUUUAAAGGGAAAGUGGAAGAGACGGAGCUGCCGGUAGAUCAGGUGGACAUUAUCAUCUCGGAGUGGAUGGGCUACUGCCUUUUUUAUGAGUCCAUGCUGAACACAGUCAUCUACGCCAGAGAUAAGUGGCUGAAACCAGGAGGUUUGAUGUUCCCAGACAGGGCUGCUCUCUAUGUGGUGGCCAUUGAAGACAGGCAGUACAAGGACUUUAAGAUUCACUGGUGGGAGAACGUUUAUGGUUUUGACAUGACCUGCAUCAGGAAUGUAGCUAUGAAAGAACCACUGGUGGACAUCGUGGACUCAAAGCAAGUGGUAUCCAACGCCUGCCUGAUCAAGGAAGUGGACAUCUACACGGUGAAGCCAGAGGAACUGUCCUUCACCUCCUCCUUCUGUCUGCAGAUCCAGAGGAAUGAUUAUGUCCAUGCUUUGGUCACCUACUUCAAUAUCGAAUUUACCAAGUGUCAUAAAAAGACUGGCUUCUCCACAGCACCAGAUUCCCCGUACACACACUGGAAGCAGACAGUGUUUUAUCUGGAGGAGUAUUUGACUGUGAAAAGAGGAGAGGAGAUAGUGGGCACUGUCAGCAUGAAGCCAAACGAGAAGAACGUGCGUGAUCUGGACUUUACCUUUGAGCUGGAUUUUAAAGGUCAGCUAUGUGAGGCCGCUAUCGCUCACGACUAUAAGAUGCGCUAAGUGUCCAGCAGAGGCGAGAGACGGUUCUUGACAGCACUCAGAGAAGCAGAGGCAGGAGCCGCUCCAGAUCAUAGCUACAGCGACACAGAGAGAAAGACCAGGACAGAAGUUAUCUCUGGGAGUCUUGCCAGUGUUUUUUGGAGCGGGGUGGCACUUUCUAGCAAUAGCGUCCUUGCCUUUGCCAACUAUAGCCUGCACUAGUACGCCAUCUCUCCGACUGUUCAGGGGCCAACUAUGACUACACCCCACAGCAAACAAAAGAAUGUCCUGGGCUUAUGAAUGUUAAGUGUUAGUUUAUGGUUGCUUUGCUUUUUAUAUUAAGAGUGUGAGUUCAUGUUGAAGGUGUGCUUCCCAGUCCCAGACACUGAGAACUUUAACAUAUUGUAUUAAGAGUAUUACUCCACUUAUAUGCCUGUAGUAAUAAUUCAUUUAAACUAAUUUUAACAACUACAAUGCAGUAGGAUAAGUCAUCUUGUAGAUUUAGGAUCAGGUUUUGACAAAAUCCAGGUCAUUCUCAGGAAACGAGGCCAUUUUUGUUAGAAGAUUUCAGGUUUUUCCUAAAUAUCACUGGCCAGUACAAAAGUCAGCAUUUCUUUUUUGCUUUGUGCUUAGAACUUUUUUUUCUUUCUGUAAAGCAUUAAUCACUAUAAUUUUUUUUUCCACCUGGUUUGCAAAAACAACUAUUGAGCUUUACGAAGCCAAUAUACAUAAAAAAAAAAAACAAUAUACCAUAAAAAUAUUGAUAAAGACUGUAAGAGAAACCACAUGGUGAAAAUGUUUUAUUAUGUUAAAAUAUAUUGUCAAAAUUAUCAAUUUUGUUUAAAUCAAAGACUAUAGAAUAACACGCAACACGUGUCACUCGUAUUGUGUUUUUGAAUAGGAAAAAGUGCAACGCACAAUAUGGCUGAAUAAGUCCUGCCUUCUAAAUAAGAGCCAAUCGCUGAUUGGUAAAGUCAACGCAUCACUGCAGCGGCCUUUAGAAGCUCCGGUUCCUAUAGAAACAGUCAGACGCGCGCCUCCGAAAUGAGGCACAAGCGACGCGCAUUUGGGACUGCGCAUUGGCUUGAUCCAGCCUGAAUAAUACCGUUUUUUGUCACGAUUCGAGCGUUUAGAAACAAAAUUUAUGAGACAGUUGUUCAUUGGUGAUUUCAAAUAUGAAAUUUAAUCGAAAACUUGGCAAACAGCUACACUUGAAGGCGUUUCAAAGAUGGCCGCCGAAUGAAAUUAUUGUCUUAUCUGCAUUUUUUAAAAUUAAGCAUUUUAUACAUAGACCAUGACAUUUUCAUUUCAAUAAAAACAAAAUUUAGUUAUUUGUUUGUGAUUCUUUAUAUUAUAUUGUGAUGGAUAUGCAAAUUAGUAUAAAUCUGCAUGACAAUUGCAUGUUGCAAAGAAAACUAUACAUUUCAAAAUGUGUUUUAUUUUAAAAGUUCUGUGCAUUAUACAUCAAAGUUUUUUAUAGUAUAAAAUUGUUAGGUUCUAUAUCAUAUUAAUUAUAUGUAGUGCUUCAUGUGGACACCAUUUCCUGAGAAUGACCCAUCCAUAACAAAAUUAAGUUUUGCGGCAUCAAUGACACUUUAUACCUAAAAGAUCAUAGGAAAAUGAAUCAGAAGCUAAUAAUGGAAUUUCCAAGUCGAAAGUGUGAUUGCAAUACAGCGACGUGAUGAAAUUGUGAAUUUGUUUUUUUAAGUAACUUUGUGAGAUUGCAAUAUGUAGUGUUAGUGUUAUUUAUGAUCUUAGAUGUGUGAUAAUUACAUUUCCACUUGCAUCUGCUAACUGAGCACAGAGUUGAAAAUAGAGAAAGAGAAACAGCACAUAAUACAUAUCAAAACAUAGAUGCCAUGUGGAAUGUUGGCUCUGUCUGCGGUGAGAUCUUGAUGAGCUGAACUCAGAUGGCAUGCUGCUCUUCACCUGUGCUCUUAUUAGAGUCUUUGCCAAGGCGAUGACUGGGAUACGUCCCGUCCCGGUACAUUUGUGACCCCCGUGUCACAGCUGAUUGUACUGUUCAAGCCCUCACCAAAGACAUUCAAUUCACUAGCAAAGCACAUUGUCCUUUAUUAUGUGUUAAAUUUAUUGUUCAUAAUUAGUCCCCCUCCUAUAAGUAUUCAUCUAGUUCAACUAGGGUCUGAUGGGUCUUGGUGGAAUAUUGUGCAAUAUUGGGAAUGUGAAAAAUAUAAACUGUAUUCUCUGUGCAGAAGAAUGUUUUCCUCAUCCAAUAUUGUAUUUCCAGAACUAAUUGAGUGUUUGUUAUUGAAAUUUGAGGUUUACAUGUUAAAAAUGUUUUAAAAUGAUAAUUCUGCCAUGAUUUGAGCAUCUAUCGAGAUAAUAGUAAGUAACAUAGCUUAAAACUAAUAAAAUGAAAGCUAAUUAAAAUGUUUAGGUGUACAAAAGCAUGCCUUAUUGAAAGCGUCUUUGACUGUUUAUAAAACUUGACAUACUGCUGUUAUGAAAGUUAAAUAUGUAAGUGACAUAAAAAGACUGAACAUUUGUUGAUGUAAAAUGUUGGAUCCCAUAGCAAAAAACAAUAAAAGCCAUUUGUCCAUUAA